CUAGAACACUGAAGUGAGAGGACUCUCCCGUCUUACUCCGCCCGGCUCUCGGCCAGGCCCUGGAGACAUCCCGGUUGCGGAGCUGCUCCCGUCGCUGCAGCCGGAGCUUGCUCGAGGAGCACGGCUGGAAUGGAGAGUUUGAGCGUGGGGGACUGCGGAGCUGACCCCUCAGUCACCUCAAGUGAGCGCCUAGUCCCGGACCGGCCGUGUGACCUCCGGCAAGAAGAUGUCACUCUGGGAUCAGAAAGUGUAAGAGAAGAUGAGAAAUCAACAGUGAUAAAAAGCAGCAGUGAGUGUAGUCCCCUGCUCCGAGAACCCCUUGCUUCUGCUCAGUUUAGUGGUACUGCAGUGACGGAAUGCCCUAACUCUGUCCCCUGUGGUUGGGAAAGAGUUGUGAAGCAAAGGUUAUCUGGGAAAACAGCAGGAAGAUUCGAUGUACAUUUUAUCAGCCCUGAAGGACUGAAGUUCAGAUCCAAAAGAUCACUUGUUAACUAUCUUCACAAAAAUGGAGAAACUUCUCUUAAGCCAGAAGAUUUCGAUUUUACCGUACUUUCUAAAAGGGACAUCAAAUCAAAAUGUAAAGAUUGUAGCGUAACAGCUCUCACAUCCCAAGUGCAAAAGGAAAGUAACAAUUCAAACCGGAACCUCAGGACACGACGGGGGCCACACGGUCGUUCAGAAUUGCCAGAUAGCAGAGGACUGUCUAAUCUUACUUCCAAUCAUUUGUCUUUGAAAGAAGAUGAUGCGGUUAAUGAUGUUAACUCCAGAAAGGUUAGAAAAUCAAAAGGAAAGGUAACUAUUUUGAAAGGAAUUCAAAUUAAGAAAAUUAAAACAGGGCGUUGGAAGAGUCUUUCAGAUUCUGUUCAAAGUAAUAGAAAAAGAGAAUCUGUGUACAAUGAAGCAGAUGUUGAAGGUGAGCCUGUUUCCCAAGAGAGUCAGCUUGAUAGAACUCACUGCACUUCCGAUGUCAAAGCAAGUGAUGAGACCCUCAUUGUGACAAAUGAAGAAAAGAGGCUUGUAAAGGAGAAAUCAUUGCAACCUGAAUCAGAUUUUGAUUUUGAAAAAAUAACCUCUAGCAGCAUAAACAAAUUAUGUCUGACCAAAGAAGCAGAACACAGCAAGAAAUGUGAGACUACCUUUUUAGACUCUGAGGAAAUCAGAACCGAAGUAGAAGUUGGAGAGAGGAAGAAACAUUUGCAUGUUGACAUUUUAGAAUGUGACUCUGGGAUGGACAACAGCAGCUCACCAGCCGAGAAAAACUUUACUUCUGUGAAAAAAUUUCAAGAAGACACACCUGUUCCACGAACACAAGUAGAAAAAAGGAAAACAAGCCUGUAUUUUUCCAGCAAAUAUAACAAAGAAGCUCUUAGCCCCCCAAGACGAAAAGCCUUUAAGAAGUGGACACCUCCUCGGUCACCUUUUAAUCUCGUUCAGGAAACACUUUUUCAUGAUCCGUGGAAACUCCUCAUAGCGACUAUAUUUCUCAAUCGAACCUCAGGCAAAAUGGCAAUACCUGUGCUUUGGAAGUUUCUGGAGAAGUACCCUUCAGCCGAGGUGGCAAGAACAGCAGACUGGAGAGAUGUGUCAGAACUACUUAAACCUCUUGGUCUCUACGAUCUUCGAGCAAAGACCAUUGUCAAGUUCUCAGAUGAAUAUCUGACAAAGCAGUGGAAGUAUCCCAUUGAGCUUCAUGGAAUUGGUAAAUAUGGCAACGACUCUUACCGAAUUUUUUGCAUCGAUGAAUGGAAGCAGGUACACCCUGAAGACCAUAAGUUAAAUAAGUAUCAUGACUGGCUUUGGGAAAAUCAUGAAAAAUUAAGUCUGUUUUAAAACUCUUCCAAGUUUGCAAACUUAUAUGCAUUGCUUUUUAACCUGGAUUCUGAAGAGCUCCACUAAAGCCCUGCCAGCUACCUCCCCCAGCAGAGAUUUUAGUCAGCCCAGUGGAAGUCAGCUUGUGUCCGCUUAGUGUGUGUGCCACCUGUGGGUCUUUUGUUACUGAAUGGGCCAGACCUUGUCUGGGGAAUUUUUUUUUUUUUUUUUUAAUAAAUUAUUAUUUGACAAUAAUCCUAAAAAUAUAACUUUUCCAGUAUUGGAAUGUGAUGUGAAGGUGGAAAAACUUUCCUAAGCUAUCAAUAAUACAAAGCAAAUUUCUAUCAACCCUGCUAGAGGAAAGAUUCAGCUUUCUGUUCUCUUUCUAUAGAAAUUGGUACUACACAAUUGAUACAUGAAGAAGCAAUCAGAGUUUGCAGCCGAACAUGUAAGAGAAAAAGUAUUAUGGGAUGUAUUAGGCAGUUAAUUAAUAAAAAUAUUUUAAAAAGAAACUCAUUGGGGGAGAGCAAUUAGGAGUGUAUAACAAGGCAUAUAUAAAUUUUUGUAUGAGAGACUGACUUGAUUUGUAAACUUCCACUUAAAGAACAAUAAAAAUUAAUUAAAAAAAAAAAAA